UUUUUGUUCAGAAAUUUCCAUCAGUCGUUUACUAUUAACCCAGCCAACAUCAAUAGCGGAUUGUAACGACUGGGAAACAAGGUGUGACUCGCGUACUAGGUAGCAUUGUUGCUUGCACAAGAUCGUCAAGAAUUGUUUUACACCAAUCGUCAAGGAUCCCUAAAAGUUAAUUAAAAGAGAAAUAUCUUUCGUUCUUUUUUCUUUUUUUUUUUUUUCGUUUUUAUAUUGUUCGAAUACCGUUUGAUUUAAUAUGUCAAAUUCUUGGGUAGUAAAUACCCUUAAAACCACUGGUACUGUUAUCUCGGCUAUAGUUCUUCUAAGGGAGUUGGUUCGAUUGUACCAGGGCCAAAAGGAAUUGACGUCAUUACCACCAAGAUCAAGAGGUGUCGAAUCAUUAAUAGGUAAUACUCCAUUGAUUGAAAUUAAAUCAUUAUCAAAACUAACAGGAUGUAAGAUAUAUGCCAAGCUAGAGCUAAUGAACCCUGCUGGUAGUGCAAAAGAUCGUGUUGCUUUAUCAAUUAUUAAAUCAAACGAACAAUUGGGGAAAUUAAAACCUUUUAAUAAUGAUAUCAUAUUUGAAGGAACUUCUGGCUCUACAGGCAUAUCAUUUGCAAUGCUAUGUAAUGCAUUAGGUUACACUGCGCAUAUUUGUUUACCAGAUGAUACUUCACCUGAAAAAUUACAAUUAUUAAAAUCUUUAGGUGCUGAAUUAGAGCCAGUUAAACCAGCAUCAAUAGUUGAUCCCAAUCAAUAUACUAAUGCUGCUAGAAAUGGCGCCAAUAAAAUAAACAACGAUCCAAAUGAUCCUCGUAAUGCUAUAUUUGCUGAUCAAUUUGAAAAUGAUUUCAAUUGGAAAAUACAUUACCAAACAACUGGUCCAGAAAUUUGGAAACAAAUGGACGGGGACUUAGAUGUUUUCAUAAAUGGUUCAGGGACCGGUGGUACUAUAUCAGGUGUAUCUAGAUUUUUGAAAGAACAAGAUUCAAAUAUCAAAGUUAUAUUAGCAGAUCCUCAAGGUUCAGGAUUAUUUAAUCGAGUUAAUUAUGGAGUCAUGUAUGAUCAUGUUGAAAAAGAAGGCACCCGUCGUAGACAUCAAGUUGACACUUUAGUGGAAGGAAUUGGAUUAAAUAGAUUAACCUGGAACUUCAAGCAAGGUGAAAAUAAUAUCGAUCUGGCAAUUAGAGUUAGUGAUGAUCAAGCAUUGAAAAUGGCAAAGUAUUUAUCAAUUAACGAUGGACUCUUCUGGGGGUCUUCCGCCGCUAUCAACUGUGUAGCAGCAGUUAAAACAGCUUUAAAAUUAGGCCCUGGUAAUAAAAUAGUGGUAAUUGCUUGUGAUUCGGGUGCUAGACAUUUAUCUAAAUUUUGGAAAGAAGCAGAAAAAAUUUCAAAUGAUAUUACAUUAGAUGAUAUAAUUGAUUGAAAAAAUUCUUUCAAACUGGUUUUGAAUUAAGAUAUCUAUCUAAUUAAAC